AUUGGAAAGUGUUAACCUCUUGCGGUUACUAAACACAGGAGUCGGAGAGAGACUGAACGAAGCGGCAAAGUUUCUUCGAACUCUUUUUUCAACUGCUUAUGAUGUUAUGAAGGAAUGGACCGAAUAUCUGUUCUGCCAGAAGCUAUACUUCAUGACAUUCUUGCAAGGUUGCCAGAAAAAGAUGCUGCUAGGACCAGUGUUUUGUCAAAUGAAUGGAGAGAUACAUGGUAUUCAUUUCCCAUAUUAUCCAUUGGCGACAAGAUUAUUAUUGGUUCUUAUAGUCCUCAGAUAAUUAGCAAACUAGACAUACUAAUUGGCUAUGUCAUGAGAAGAUUGUUGAAGCUUCGUGAGCAAAGCUUAACAAUAAAAGUAUUUAAGCUCGACAUGAUGCCAGAACACAAUAAGUAUAUGUCCCAUCAUUUUGAUCUUUGGAUGAACAUGGUUAGCGAAAGUUGUGUGGAAGUACUUGAGCUUUGCCUCCUAUACUCUGCCACCUAUCGUGGACUGCCUGAUGGGACGGAGUAUCGAUACGAUCAAUAUGACUUACCACUUUGUGUCUUUGAAGUUAGAUCUCUUACUAAGUUGGUGUUGAAAGGAAAAAUAACACUUAACCAAUCAUUCUUCAAUCAUUCUAUCAAGUUAUUUUCACUGAGAACACUAUGUUUACGUGAGCUACUCCUUGAAGAUAAAGGAAUUAUUGAGCAUCUCAUUUCUCACUGUCCCCUGCUUGAAGAUUUAACUGUAUAUUGUUGUUUAGUAUAUAACAGGAAGAAUCCAUUUCGGAACAAACAAUUUCUGGAAUCAUUAUUCCUGCAUGGUCUACAAAAGCUAAAGGAAGCUGAUAUUCAAGGAAUACAAGAGGUAUAUAUUGAUGCUCCAAAUCUUGAGAACUUACGUUAUGUUCCUUUCCCUUAUUUUGGAUCUCCGAUCAAAUUGAAUUUAGACAGUUUCACAAGAUUGAGAUGUUUGCGUCUGUCGAACACUGAUGUUACAGACAAGUGGUUACUCGAUCUAUCUCAUAAAUUCCCUUUCCUUGAGCAUUUGGAAUUGUGUGGUUGCUCUAUGUCUGACAGAAUUAAUAUUUCGAGUGCUCAACUCAUGAUCUUGGAGUUUACAAAUUACUCUGACGUGAAGGAGGUGAAUAUUGAUGCUCCAAAUUUAUUAUCAUUUGACUAUUGCGGAGAUCACAGAGCUAUUAUAUCUUUCCUAACAAGUUCUGAUCAUUUGGUAUUCAAUGCCUCUCCUGCCCAUGAAUUUAGGCAUGGUUAUUAUAGCUUGAGGGAAUUUAUCCAAAACAUUAAACCACAAAAGGUUUUGGCAUCACUCUCCCUCUCUGUCUAUCAUUCGAAUGGUAUUGAACAGAAUUGUCUGAGUAUACAGCAAGUUUUAUCCAUUCCUCCUAGUAUCAAAUACUUGGAAUUGGACUCUUCACCAAAUGAGGCUCUUUAUUUCCAUUAUAUGAAUUGGUUGCUCUCUUGUUGCUGUCCAAAAACUAUUUCAUUCUUCUUCCAGAAUGAUCGUGGCAUGAAACCAUUCACGGUGUUUGUCUAUGAGUUGCUGAUGGGCAGAAAAAAGCAGGAGUGGUUUGACCAUUUUGGUGAUACAAAGUGUUGGUGGCAUGACUUGAAGAUUGUCAAGCUCACAUACUCAUUCAGCGUUGACGAGAAGGUUGACUUUAAGACCACGCUAAAUGCAUUAUUAUUGCCAACUGAUGACCCGGAAUCUGUUAGUUUUAGCUUAGAAUUAUAAUAUUCUUAUUAUCAACUGGUACAUAUUCCUAAUUAGAUUUACAAUUUUGACGUUACCACUAAGCAAGAUUUGGGUAUUGUAUUGAGUAUUUUUUUCCAAGGUUUUAUACUUACACCAAUUAAUAUUUUAUCCCUUUGUUGAUUGUGA